AGCACAGGCAGACGCAGAGAGUGCCCAAUUAUCAGGAGAAUCAGUAUGCAUUCCCAUGUGAUCUAUUUCCAAGUACAAAAAUUUUCGCAUGCUCUUCCCUUUCUCAGUGGAGCUUGUCAGGUGUUUAUUCUUUGUUGUUCGACCGUUCGUCAUCAAAUGGAACUGUCUUCAAUAGUUUUUUGACUGAAAUUCACCUAUCCUGAAACACUUUGGGUAUUGUCAGAAGGUAUAAUUUCACUGACACCACAGAAAAACGCUGCACCAAAAUGACAAGUGGCAUUUCUCUCACUCAGCGCGCCUUCGUGUUUCCGAAGUAUGGGGAGUAUCCCUCUCUGCAGACAAAUGUGACUACGCCGAGUUUAUUUGCGCCGACACAGGAGGGGGCUGAUGCGAAUCCAGAUCGAGGAGAAAAAGAAUCUUUGAACAAAAGGCCGCGCCGCGCGCUAGUCCGUGUGCACGCGGCCUCGCUGAAUCCCAUCGAUAAGAUCCGCCAGUCUGGUGGGUUGCGCUUCCUCCGUCCCGAAACCAAAUGGCCCGCCGUACUCGGCUACGACGUCAGCGGUGUGGUGGUGGACAAGGGGUCGAGUACAAAGUUCGAGGUCGGAGACGCGGUCGCGGCUCGGGUGAAUAAUAGCGAAGGCACGGUCGCCGAGUUCGCCGUCGUAGAGGACGACACUGCAGUAAAGAUCGACGCAACGAGGAUUUCCUUCGAAGACGCUGCGGCCGUGGGGCUUGCGGGGCAGACCGCGCUGCAGGCUUUUCGGCGUGGCGGCGUGCAAAAAGGCGACGCAGUCCUGAUCACCGCAGGUGCGGGUGGCGUCGGCACGCUGGCGAUCCAGAUUGCGAAGCAAAUCAUCGGGUGCCGAUUUGUUGGCGUGACCGCAUCGGGCGCUGACAAAAUUCAGCUUUGCAAAAAUCUCGGCGCGGAUCUGGUGAUCGAUUACAAAAAUGAGGCGCCCCUGGAUUCCGACAGUAUGCAAACAAAAAUCGCCGCCGCGCUCCGACCACCUGGCGCUUGCGACGGCGCCGACAAGUUCGAUUUUGCGCUGGACUGCACUGGCGAGGCGGCGAAGCUGGUAGCAGUCGUGAAACCGGGGGGGCAAGUUCGCACUUUGAGUGGUCCAAGCCCAACAACAGACUCGCUGCGAGAAAUCGGACAGGAGCCGAGUUUUCUCAUGCGGAUGCUGCUUUGGUUCCUCAAAGACCGAAAGCUAGAGCGCAAGGCUGCGGAUUUCGGGGUAGAUUGGAAGUUUCAUUUUUUGCUUUCAAACCAUGUGGACCAACAGAAGCUGCUGGAUGCCGUUGAGCUACGCAAGCUCAAAGUUGUCAUAGACAGUGUGCACCCACUCGAGAACGCGGGGAAAGCCUGGGAACAAUUGGUGAGUGGUCGCAGCAAAGGAAAAGUUGUCGUCAAGGUAUUGUGAAGAAGUGCAGCUGCAGAUGAUUCGCUACUUGAUCUUCCCGGACACGGUCGCCCUCAAGGCUAAAUCUCGGGGGCCGCAGUGGUCCAUGCUUGAUAGCAAUGUCCACACGCUGUACGAAUUUAUGUAUGAUUAUGAUUUCUGUCGUGUAUGAUUUCUUACUUUUUCUUUUUUGUUCAAACAUAUACGUCGAAAAGGAUUCCGCUAAGUACCGGACGGUAGCUAAUGAAGGCGCUUUUUGUAUCAACAAAGAUAGGGAACAGGAAGCAGCACCGCUAUGAAGGAACACGAGGCGGCCCCACAGCUAUUCACUUGUGUCCCGCAUACGUUUUUUUGAAUUUCUGUUCCAGCUGCAGCCCCGCUUCUAUUGAGCUCGACCAAAUAAAUCCUUACACGUGUUGGAUCCAUCGUCAGUCGGGGGAAUUAUCAACUUUUUGACUGGAGUAUUUCUAUUCGCCACGCCACCUGGAACACAAACGAGAAGUUUUGAAGUGAAAUUCCUGGAUUUCGUUGCACUUGAUCUCCCUACAAUGGAUACACUUCCCUACGGGUCCUAAAGACAAUGUAUGUGUGAAUUUUUAUCGACGAAGACGAACUGAGUCUGUAUCUGUAUGCUGAUCUACAACAAGCACGCCAAGG